AUGCGAAUCCCAUCUGUGCUUGUCGCAGCAGUGAGCUUGGUGCUGCCAGCAUGCCAGGCUGUCUUUGUCGAUGAUGCGUGGAAGGUAGACUGGCACCUUGCCCUCGUCGGCGCACCCCACGAACACACGACCUUCUUCCACCAGCCCGUUGUCGCAUCCAAAGCAUCUUUGCUCUACACUCUCUCGGACAAGACAAUUCUCGGAGCCAUCAACCCCAAGGAUGGCUCGCUCAGAUGGCGCCAGCAAUUAUCGCCCGCUGCCAAUUCGACGUCGAUCUUCCUCCGACCCGCCCAGGACCACCACCUCGUAAUCAGCGCCGUCGACGGUCAGGUCGCUGCAUGGAACGCUGCCGACGGUCGUCAAGCAUGGUCUGUUGAUCUGGAAGACGCCACAGUGAAAGACUUGGAGAUUGUCGAAAUCCCUGAGGCCAACGAGCAGGGUGGAAGCAAGGACGCCAUCGUCUUGACCGGAGCUCCUCUGCCUACCGUCCAGAGACUUGGCCGCCAGGACGGUGCCCGAAAGUGGCUAUACAAAGAUGAGAGCGGAGAUGUUCCCUUCCAGCUCUCCGUCUCGUCCACCCACAUCUUCUACAUUUCCCUACACACUUCGAUGCUGGGAGGUCUUAAGAUCAAGGUUGCUUCCUUGGACCCUGUUACCGGACACAAGAUUGAUCAGUACACAUUGGCUACCGAAGGUGACCUUGCUUCAACUGCCGAUAUCUUGUCCGUUGGCGCAAAUUCUGCCUCGCCCAUCAUCGCAUGGACCGACAAGGCUCGUUCUACUCUCAAGGUCAACGUCAUUGGUUCCAAGGCCGUUUCUACCUUCGAUGUCGAAGCUGGUAAGGACGUGCUGAGUCUCUCGUUGCAUGCUCCCUACCACGUCAAUGCACGCCCUCAUUUCCUUGUUCACUACCAAACGCGCUCGCAGAACUGGGCCGAGGUCUACCAUGUCGAUCUCGUCAAGUCUACCGUGUCCAAGGCUUAUUCCCUUCCUAAGUUGGCAGGCAGCGCCGCCUUCUCUGCCAGUACCUCUGAAGCAAACGUGUAUUUUACGCGUAUCUCUGAAUCUGAAGUGACGAUCGUCUCGUCCGCUUCGCACGGUAUUCUUGCCAGAUGGCCUUUGAAGGGCGCUGUAGGUAUCACUCUGCAAGGCGACCAUGCUCCUGUUCAUGCAGUGUCUGAAGUGUCUGUCAAGGCUGACACUGUUUCUGCUGUGCGCUCCGCAGUCUAUCUGGCGUCUGGCGAGUGGGUUAUGAUCCGUGACGGCAUUCCUGUAUGGGAAAGACCAGAAGCUCUGAGCAGUAUCAAGUCUGCUGUCUGGGCAUAUCUUCCUGCUCCUGAAGGCCUUGUGCACGAGCUCGAGAUCGAAGGCCACUCAAACCCUGUCCAGGCUUAUAUCCACAGAGUCAAAAGACACGUUGCAGCCUUGGAGACUCUCCCAGCAUACCUGACAGCCUUGCCCGGUCGCAUCGCUAGCAGCAUUGGCUUCGGAUCGUCUGAUGCUGAUGUGGAUUCGACGAACAUCUUUGGCUUCCACAAGAGAAUUGUUUGUGCUACUGAAAGUGGUCGCUUGAUUGCACUGGACGCAGGUGGUAAGGGAAGCGCGGUUUGGGACGUCAAAAUCGACAACAAUGCAGCUCCCUCACCUUGGCAAUCGCCCAAGCUUGUCGCACGUCCUGAUGGCACAAUUGUCGCAAGCAGCAUUGAUGGAAGUCAGCACAAACUCUUUAACGCAUCCACUGGCGUUGAGAUUCCCUACACUGAACUCGCACUCUCUUCAGGCCUUAAUCAUGAUGCCAAGUUUGCUUAUGGCAUAGAGGAUGGCAAAGUCAUUGGUGGUCCCAUUGCCGAGGCUGCUUCGUGGAAAUUCUCGCCUGGUAAUGGUGAGACGGUCUACAGCCUGACUCCUCGUCCACUCGAAGACCCGGUUGCUUCCAUCGGAAAAGUUCUUGGAGACCGCAAGGUUCUCUACAAAUACCUUAACCCCAACACUCUUCUUGUCAUCACUACCUCCAAGGCCACAUUGUCGGCCACCAUCAGUGUGCUUGACGCGUUGUCGGGAUCCGUGCUUUAUGUUGCUUCGCAUCAAGGCGUUGAUGCAAAUAUGCCCAUCGCCUCGACCAUGUCUGAAAACUGGUUCGCUUACUCAUUCGCUUCGCAGCCAACAGCAGACGGCGUCAAGGGUUAUCAACUGGUCAUUGGCGAGAUGUUUGAAUCGCCAUUCUCAAACGACAGAGGCCCCCAAACAGCUACCAAGAACUCAUCAGAGGUUGACUACAGUUAUCAGCCUCAUGUCGUCUCCCAGUCUUACCGCAUUCGCGAGCCGAUCUCAAAGUUGGCGGUCACGCAGACCAGACAAGGAAUCACGUCGAGAGCAUUGUUGGCUGUGCUGCCCGAAUCUAACGCGAUAGUUGGCAUUCCCCGCCAGGUCAUUGACCCUCGUAGACCUGUUGGAAGAGAUGCCACCAAGGAUGAGAUGAUGGAGGGUCUGAUGAAGUACACACCAGUCCUUGAGUUUGACCCCAAAUGGUAUCUCAACCAUCAACGUGAGGUUUACGGAGUCGAGACCGUAACGACCAGCCCGGCUGUUCUUGAAAGCACCAGCUUGGUCUUUGCCUACGGCCUUGACGUGUUCAGCACUAGAAUUAGCCCGAGUUUCUCAUUCGAUGUUCUCGGCAAGGACUUUAACAAGCUCCAAAUGCUGGCAACAGUAGCGGCACUUGCUGUGGCCACUGUCGCUGUCGCACCUCUACAAAUCAACACAAGAUGGCAGUUCCUGUAG